AUGGCAAACAAGGUUGAAAGUAACACUCAGCAAUGGUUCUGGUCGUGGAGUAAUUUCUCACUGGAUGCAUUGGCGGAAGCGGAGUCGAGACUUUUUUCAGCUGUGCGGUCCAGCAUUAUCUCAAAAUUCAUCAAUGUACGUUUAGCCUGCAGUCAAAUAUAUACGAUAACAGCAAAAACAGAAACAACAAACGAACGUCUUGUGCCAUUAGUAUUCAUCCACGGAUUUGCAGCAGGUGUCGGUAUCUGGGCAUCGAAUAUCGAUUGUGUUGCUGAACGUCGUACGGUUCAUGCUAUUGACCUACUCGGAUUUGGCCGUUCCUCUCGUCCUCAAUUCAGUCGUGAUCCGACGUUAGCUGAACUCCAAUACGUACAAUCAAUUGAGGAUUGGAGACGUGAGAUGAACAUAGAUCGAAUGAUUAUUGUUGCUCAUUCUUUUGGAGGCUACUUAGCCAGUUCAUAUGCACUCGAGCAUCCGGAUCGUGUUCGUCAUUUGAUACUCGUUGAUCCAUGGGGAUUUCCCGAGAAACCAACUGAAGAUCGUCAGAUUAAACCAGUUGCAUGGAUUCGUGCUGUCGCAACGGUUGCAUCGAUGUUUAAUCCGUUAUCAGCCCUACGGGCUGCAGGACCAUAUGGCGCAGCACUGGUGAAAAAGCUGCGUCCAGAUUUGGCACUGCGUUAUGGGAGAGCUCAUCCGGACGCCAUUUACGAGUAUAUUUAUCAAUGCAAUGCUCAAGCACCGUCUGGCGAGAUCGCUUUUAGCAAUAUGAGCUAUUCAUUCGGUUGGGCUAGACGACCCAUGAUCGAUAGAAUAGCUGCAUUAUCACAAGAAGUGCCGUUAACGUUUGUUUAUGGUAGCAAAAGUUGGAUUGAUUCAGCGUCGGGUAUUGAAGUGCAACAGCAACGUCCAAACGCCUACGUUGAUGUUCAGGUGAUUCGUGGUGCAGGUCACCAUGUUUAUACGGAUCGUGCAGAAGCGUUCAAUGCUGUACUACGUCGAACCGUAGAAAUGAUUGAUGCGAAUGAAGAUCUUAUCGAGCAGUUUUCGUAA